AUGCAGCAAAAGAAGCUACACUCGCUCAUGGCAGUAUACAGUGAGGAUGAGGAUGAUGACCUUCAGUAUGCUGAUCAUGAUUAUGAAGUUCCACAGCAAAAAGGAUUGAAGAAACUCUGGAACAGAGUAAAAUGGACAAGAGAUGAGGAUGAUAAGUUAAAGAAGUUAGUUGAACAGCAUGGAACUGAUGAUUGGACUCUAAUUGCUAGUCAGCUUCAAAAUCGUUCUGAUUUUCAGUGCCAGCAUCGAUGGCAAAAAGUUUUAAAUCCAGAAUUGAUAAAGGGUCCCUGGACUAAAGAAGAGGAUCAGAGGGUUAUUGAAUUAGUACAGAAGUAUGGACCAAAAAGAUGGUCUUUAAUUGCAAAGCAUUUAAAAGGGAGAAUAGGCAAGCAGUGUAGAGAAAGGUGGCAUAAUCAUCUGAAUCCUGAGGUGAAGAAAUCUUCCUGGACAGAAGAGGAGGACAGGAUCAUCUAUGAAGCACACAAGCGGUUGGGAAAUCGUUGGGCAGAAAUUGCUAAACUUCUUCCUGGAAGGACUGAUAAUUCUAUCAAAAACCAUUGGAAUUCUACUAUGAGAAGAAAAGUGGAACAGGAAGGCUACUUACAAGAUGGAAUGAAAUCGGAACGAGUUUCAUCAAAACUUCAACACAAACCUUGUGCGACUAUGGAUCAUUUGCAAACCCAGAAUCAAUUUUACAUACCUGUUCAGAUCCCAGGUUAUCAAUAUAUGUCACCUGAAGGCAGUUGUGUAGAACAUGUUCAGACUUCUUCUACCUUUCUUCAGCAACCAUUUGUUGAUGAAGAUCCUGAUAAGGAAAAGAAAAUAAAGGAACUUGAGUUACUUCUUAUGUCAGCUGAGAAUGAAGUUAGAAAAAAGCGACUUCCAUCGCAGACUGGAAGCUUUUCUAGCUGGUCUGGUAGUUUCCUUAUGGAUGACAGCGUUUCUAAUCCUCUCAACACCCUUGAGGAACACACAAGUGAAUUUUACAGCAUGGAUGAAAAUCAAACUGUGUCUGCUCAGCAGAAUUCACCCACAAAGUUCCUGGCUAUAGAGGCAAAUGCUGUGCUGUCAUCUCUACAGACCAUUCCUGAAUUUGCAGAGACUCUAGAACUUAUUGAAUCUGACCCUGUAGCAUGGAGUGAUGUAACCAGUUUUGAUCUUUCUGAUGCUGCUGCGUCUCCUGUCAAGUCUACCCCAGUUAAGCUAAUGCGGAUUCAGCAUAAUGAAGGACCUAUGGAAUGCCAGUUUAACGUCAGCCUUGUGCUUGAAGGGAAGAAAAAUAGUUGUAAUGGUGGAGACAGUGAGGCUGUACCUCUAACAUCUCCAAAUGCAGCCAAGUUUCGCACACCACCAACCAUCCUCAGAAAGAAGAAGAAAAUGCGCGUGGGUCAUUCCCCAGGAAGCGGACUUGGUGACAGCGCUUUCAAUGAUGGUGGUCAUAUAGCACUAAAACAUACACCAGUGAAAACACUACCAUUUUCCCCUUCACAGUUUUUUAACACAUGUCCUGGAAAUGAACAACUUAAUAUGGAAAACCCUUCAUUUACAUCAACCCCUAUUUGUGGGCAAAAAGUUCUCAUUACAACUCCUCUUCACAAGGAAGCGACCCCCAAAGAUCAAAAGGAAAAUGUAGGGUUUAGAACACCUACUAUUAGAAGAUCUAUAUUGGGUACCACACCGAGAACUCCUACUCCAUUUAAGAAUGCGCUUGCUGCUCAGGAGAAAAAAUAUGGACCUCUUAAAAUUGUGUCACAGCCACUUGCCUUCUUGGAAGAAGAUAUCCGGGAAGUGUUAAAAGAAGAAACUGGAACAGACAUAUUCCUGAAACAGGAAGACGAACCUGCUUAUAAAAGCUGCAAGCAAGAGCGCACUGCUUCUGUGAAGAAAGUCAGAAAAUCACUAGUUUUAGACCAUUGGGAUAAAGAAGAACCAGAUACUCAGCUCUUAACUGAGGACACUUCAGACAUGCAGUCAGAAAAUAUAUUUACAACAUCUUUAUUAAUGAUACCAUUAUUGGAAAUACAUGACAAUAGGUGCAACUUGACUCCUGAAAAACAAGAUAUAAAUUCAACCAACAAAACAUGUACACUUACUAAAAAGAAACCAAACCCUACCACUUCUAAAGUGGUCAAAUUGGAAAAGAAUCUUCAGUCAAAUUGUGAAUGGGAAACAGUGGUUUAUGGGAAGACAGAAGACCAACUUAUUAUGACGGAACAAGCAAGAAGAUACCUGAGUAGUUACACGGCUACCAGCAGCACGUCCAGAGCUCUAAUACUGUAACUGUUACGAGGAUGGAUGAAAUACCCUACUUCCGUACUAUUUCUACGCUAAAUUAGGUUGCAAUGAAUUUUUUGUCAAUUGUUCUUACAGUUUUAAUACAGUCCUAAAUGGUUUGAUUUUUUUUUAACUUGAUAGGCAAGAAGCUAAGCCACUGAAGUAAGGGGUAGACAAUUUAAUAAGUUAUUUUAAAAAUAAAUAUAUUUUUAAUAUUUUUAAAGAAUAAGACAGGGAAAAUAAUAUUAGAAUGUUCAUAGAUUUUCUAAAAGUAAAAUUUCACAUAUUUUCUUCAUGAGUUACAUGUCAUUAUUCUCUUGAUGCUACCUUCUGUUGUAAUAUGUAAUGAUUUCUGAAACUAGUCUUUGUAUGGGAAGCACAUGUGAUUUUACAAAGUACUUUUGCCCGUGAACUGAUUUACUUCGGCUGGCGUGUGCAAAGAAACACAGUGAAAAUGAAUUUAAAGUAAGGAUAGGAAGUUGCACUACUUAUUUUUGGUAUUUUUCAAAAGCAGUAAAAUGAACUACAGUGUUAAAUAUAUUUAUUUGAGCAUGGUACUGAAAACAGAAAGAAUCGAAAAGGGUUUUUCCCUUACUAGUACAGAGUCAGUAUUUUCUUCAUAAAUCUCAGAAAGCUGAGAGUUUUAUUGAAUGUAUUGUACAGUAUGUAGGAGCAGGGAAACUCUGUAAAUUGGAAAGAAGUCUGUUUUUAUAAUUUAUUUUCAUUUUUAAAGCUUAAAUGUAGGUAUUUAUAUAUACAAAUAUAUAUACAUAUAUGUAUAUAGGGCGUUUAGAAGCCAGUCUUGUUUCCUGUUGUUACAGCUAACGUGGUAAAGAAAGAUUUUAAUUUUUUAAGUAUGAAACAGUAGUAAGUUAUAGCUGCAAAGAGUACAAUAUCUAUACUGUAGGUCACAUCUGCCUAAAUAUUGCACUAUGCCCUUUAAAUCAUGUUGGUUAUAAAGUAGUUCUAAAAAUGUACUAAAUAAUAAUUUAAUAUUUUCUUUUUAAAUUAUAUUGGGAAGGGUCAUAUAAAUUAAUCCAGUGAUUUGUGUAUGUGUUUGAAAAAUUUUGCAAUUAUUUUGUUUAAAAAAAUAAUAUGGUUUCUUGGUCCCUAAAAACAGCCUGCACUUAGAAAUUUAUUAUAUUUACUCAAUGUUCCAGGAGUAGAGAACAUUAUUUUUUAUUUAUAAAGAUAUUUUGUCCUUUUAUAAAUGUUCCAUGUUUCUCUACAGGUUGCAACCAUUGCUUCAGUUGCCCGUUUUAGGUGUUUGCACCUAUUUCUUCUUGAAAGAAUGUCUCUUCUUUGCUUUUGUGGUAGAUAUGAAAUUCUUUGAGACGUAUAAUGGUGUGCUGUCAAUUUAGACACUGACAGGUAGAUAAAAUUGUACACUGUAGUUGUUAUUAUUUAUAAUUGACACACUCUCUCCCUCUCCACUCCUGAAGUGUGCUGCUAUAGAAAAUAGCAGAUUCGGCUUGCUGCUAUGAGAGGAGGGAAGAGCGACCAGCACUUGCUCUGUGUGUAAAGAUAAAAGGCAGAUAAUAGCAAGUUCUCAAGUUAACCUAAUGGAAUCAGCCAUUCCCAAGCACAUUCUGGCAUAUGCUAAAACAAAAUAAAAACAGCUUCAGAUGAUUGGUUCUGUUUUUAUGUUACUAGAAACUGAAAUACCAAGGAUGCUAAUGCCUAGCUCUUGAGCAGUAGAUCUACAAAGACUUUAAGCUAUUUAAAUCCACCUGCUAAUUUUUGCAUAUUUUAUGUAGUGAGAAGGGAGGAUGUGUUGUACUAAGAUUAUGCCUUAUUGAUAACAAAUUGGUAAACCAAUUUGAAUCUGCUGAGCAGCGUUUGUUAACUCUGUUGAUUGAUUGCUUCCUAAUUAAUGAACUCCUCACAGAAAUUUCACUUUAUGAAACCAGUGAUUGUAGCAAAAUCUUCCUGGAUCAUUUCAGUUACCUUGAGCUGAUAGUCUAUAAUGGUUCUUUUGUUGGAUUUCUUUUUCUUAAUGAAGCCCUUAGUUGGUUAGGACAUAUGCAGUCCCUCAACACCAAGGUAGAAUAUUUUGGAAGUGCUAUAUAUUUUUUGAAAGUUUAGUGUUUCUUGAGCAUUAACUUAUCCCAAAUGUAAUAUAUUGCAGAUGAACCUGGGCUUAUUGAACAUGGAACAUAUUAGUAUUGGUAUUGGUUGAACUGUCCAGUAGUCUGAAACAUGUCGGACAUCUUAAGUCAUCUUUUAUACUGUUGUAUUACUUGCAUUCCUUCCCGUAUGUUGUAAAGGUGCCAGACAUUUGCAUAGCAGCCGUACUUGCAUAGACACUGACUACACAUGCGGCACACCCCAGUUUGUUGCUUUCAUAUUCAUGUAGCAAUUCCUCUGACUAUGUUGAGGAUUUGGUAUAUUGGGGAAAUUAUUUUAAGAGAAUCUUGCAUACCAUGCUGAUGUAUGUUAACAUCCAAAAUAAAGCAUCCGUGUACAAGCUG